AGAAUGCUACACGAUGUCAUCUAUAUGCUGCUCAUUUCUACGGUAGCAAAAGAAGUAAAAACAGAGUCUCUAGUUGAUCCAGCACAUUGUGAAUACAAUUCAAAUCAUAGGAAAAGUAUAUUAACAGAUCUUCUACAAGACUACGAUAAAACAAUGGUACCAUCAAAUAAUUCAGUACAAGUUAGUGUGGAACUCACAGUUCAGGACAUCUCAUCAAUAUCAGAAAUUUCAAGUUCAUUUAUAGCCGAUGUUUGGUUCAGUCAAGUGUGGUAUGAUCCUCGGCUAGAAUAUCGGAACAUUUCUUGCAAAACAAAUUUGUCAUUAGACAGCUAUGUUAGCGAACGAUUGUGGACACCGAAUGUGUGUUUUGUGAAUAGCAAAAGCACUCAAGUUCACAAAUCACCAGCAUCUAAUAUUCUUUUAAUUAUUUAUCCUAAUGGAACAGUAUGGCUAAACUAUCGAGUUCAAGUCUCGGCACCAUGCAGUUUUGAAUUGUCUAGAUUUCCAAUCGAUGCUCAAGAAUGUCACCUUGUCUUCGAAUCUUAUUCAUAUAAUAUAGCAGAAGUUCGAUUAAAUUGGCAGCAAUGGGCUCCUGUGACAAUGCCACCGCCCGAAGAUUUUCGAUUACCUGAUUUUCAAUUUUAUAAUGUAACUUGGGGCAAAACGUCGAAUGAGUAUACGGCUGGAAUGUGGGACCAACUCAAAGUUACUUUUAGGUUCAAACGAUUAUAUGGUUAUUAUGUACUUCAAAUGUACCUACCAACAUAUCUCUCCGUAUUCAUUUCAUGGAUUGCUUUCUGGAUUGAUACCCGGGCGCUUCCUGCUCGAAUCACUCUUGGUGUAUCUUCUCUAAUGGCUCUGACCUUUCAAUUUGGUAAUAUUGUCAAAAAUCUGCCACGUGUUUCAUUUGUUAAAGCCAUUGAUCUCUGGUUUUUCGUUUGUGUCGCAUUUAUAUUUUUCUCGCUCGUUGAGUUGGCUGUCGUUGGAUUCGUUGAUAAAAUAACAGAAAUCAAGCGGAGGUCACGGAGAAUCAAAUUUCAGCGGGCAAUUGCCGGAGGCACAAUAAAAAAUGAUCGGCCAGUAAGUUUCAGAAAGUACUCCUGCACAUCAAAGUGCAAUUCUGUGAGAUAUAACAUCAAUAACAAUGAUGACGAGGAAUUGUAUAAUAUAAGCGGAGAAACAAACGGAAACGGUGUUAGCUGGAAGAACAACAGCUCACGGGAAGCAUCUGCUGAUAUGGGAGCAAGAGUUGAUUCGUUUGCAGCUAAAGCUUUUCCGGCCAUGUUUGCAGCUUUUAAUGUAUUCUACUGGUGGUACUACUUAUCAAGGGAACGAAACUAGCGCAGCGGAUAUAAUAAGCUUUUCUAAAUUCAAUUGUAUUUUCUUUGCCAAACAAGUUGGAACCAACGUCAUUUUUUCUAUGUACUUUUACUUUGAAUUCUUUCAUUCGAACGGGUUAACUCAAUUCUUGUCCUUGUACGAUCUGUUUUUCCAAUUUUUAAUUGUUUUUGUUAUUUCACUCAUUUUUCAGCCGGGCUUGAACAAUUUUCAAAACCAAACAUUUCAAUAAUUGUGACUAAAAAAUAAAUUCUUCAUUU